CAUCAUGUUCAUUUUAUAUUUACAGUGUUGUCUCCAUUCAAUCUGAAGGAACAUCCAAUGGGGUCACUUUUUUGUUCACUUUUCUCAGCUUUUAACAAGUUACCAAAACUAAUUAAUUUUUACUUAUGUUUCAGAGUUUGUUGAAGAAAAAGAGGAGGAGAAUGAAGAAUCAAGUGAAAUUGAGAUGAAAAAUCAUUUCAAAACUGGAGGAAAACCAUCACACUGUGACAAAAGAUUCAGUCAUCCAUCACUCCUAAAAAGACAUGAAAAGAUCCACACUGGAGAGAAACAUUAUAAGUGUUCACACUGUGACAAGAGAUUCAGUGUGUUAGGAAAUCUGAAAACACAUGAAAGUAUCCACAAUGGAGAAAACCCUUAUAAGUGUUCAAACUGUGACAAGAGAUUCAGGACAAAAUCAAGUCUGAAAAGACAUGAGAGGAUCCACACUGGAGAGAAACAUUAUAAAUGUUCACACUGUGACAAGAGAUUCAGUAAUUCAUCGAGUCUGAAAACACAUGAAAUGAUCCACGAUGGAAAAAAAAUUCAGUGUUCAAACUGUGACAAGAGAUUCAGUAAUUCAUCAAGUCUGAAAACACACGAGAGGAGUCACACUGGAGAGAAACCUUAUAAGUGUUCACACUGUGACAAGAGAUUCAGUGUGUCAGCAAAUCUGAAAAGACAUGAAAGGAUCCACACUGGAGAGAAACCUUAUAAGUGUUCACACUGUGACAAGAGAUUCAGUGAUUCAUCAUGUCUGAAAAUACAUGAAAUGAUCCACGAUGGAAAAAAAAUUCAGUGUUCAAACUGUGAAAAGAGAUUUAGUAAUUCAUCAAAUCUGAAAACACACAAGAUGAUUCACACUGGAGAGAAACUUUAUAAGUGUUCACACUGUGACAAGAGAUUCAGUGUGUUAGGAAAUCUGAAAAUACAUGAAAGGGUCCACACUGGAGAGAAACCUUAUAAGUGUUCACACUGUGACAAGAGAUUCAGUGUGUUAGGAAAUCUGAAAACACAUGAAAGUAUCCACAAUGGAGAAAAACCUUAUAAGUGUUCACUCUGUGACAAUAGAUUCAAGAAAAAAUCAAGUCUGAAAAGACAUGAGAGGAUCCACACUGGAGAGAAACCUUACAAGUGUUCACACUGUGACAAGAGAUUCACUCAGUCAACAAAUCUGAAAACACAUGAGAGGAUUCACACUGAAGAGAAACUUUACAAGUGUUCACACUGUGAGAAGAGAUUCAGUGUGUUAGGAAAUCUGAAAACACAUGAAAGUAUCCACAAUGGAGAAAAACCUUAUACGUGUUCACUCUGUGACAAUAGAUUCAGGAAAAAAUCAAGUCUGAAAAGACAUGAGAGGAACCACACUGGAGAGAAACCUUACAAGUGUUCAUACUGUGACAAGAGAUUCACUCAGUCAACAAAUCUGAAAACACAUGAGAGGAUCCACACUGGAGAGAAACCAUAUAAGUGUUCACACUGUAAAAAGAGAUUUAGUGAUUCAUCAAGUCUGAAAAGACAUGAGAGGAUUCACACUGGAGAGAAACCUCAUACGUAUUCACACUUUCAUAAGAGAUAAAAAUUUUUAUAUC